UGUCUUCUACCAGGUCCUCAGUCAGGCUAUGAGUAGCUGUGGUUCCGCGGAGCAGGGUAUUGACUAGAUCUCAUCUUACUGAAGAAAGAUGUCUGGACGAGGAAAGGGAGGAAAAGGGCUCGGUAAAGGAGGCGCAAAGCGUCACCGUAAAGUUCUCCGUGAUAACAUCCAGGGAAUUACCAAGCCCGCCAUCCGCCGCCUGGCUCGCCGUGGCGGAGUGAAGCGUAUCUCCGGUCUGAUCUACGAGGAGACCCGCGGCGUGUUGAAGGUUUUCCUUGAGAACGUGAUCCGCGAUGCUGUCACCUACACCGAGCACGCCAAGAGGAAGACCGUCACCGCCAUGGACGUGGUGUAUGCUCUGAAGAGACAGGGCCGCACUCUGUACGGCUUCGGCGGAUAAACUUACUUUCCAACAGCUCAACAACACAACGGCUCUUUUAAGAGCCACACACUUCGUCAAUGAGAGCUCACAUCCUCUGCUCAACAACAAUAAGUCGUUCUCCGAGUAGAUGUCUUACAAUGUCAAGAUUCUGAAGUUAUUUCAUAUCAAAACAUCAAAUAAUGCAAUUAUAAAUCGUAGUUUCCUCUUUAAUUUCUAAAUUUAAGUUACACUUGAAAGCCGUUUGUUUAUAUUUAUACUGUUAUUUAUAUAUACACAAGUGUGUGUAUAUAUAUAUAUAUAUAUAUAUACUGUAGUAACAUCAGACGGAGCUGCUCUCUAGAUAUGUGAACUGGAACAACGUCCACUACCAGUUGAACUCUCUUGCAUGUCCUGUCAGAAGCUUUGUUUUCCAGUAGCUCAGCUUCUCCCGUUUUAUUGCAGCUUCUUAUCUGUUCUGAGUUUUGAAAAUGACCAAUGGAGCUGCACAAACUUGAUCAGAACACUAAGUUUAAUUUAAAAAUUGUUUAAAUCUUUUUUCAGGACCAGGGACAGAGCUGUGUGAUUAGGUGCUGCACCUGACCAGUUUGUUGAUUUGAAUGGAUGUUGAGGUGCAGCCGCUUUACGCUUCAAGUCUGUGUAGAAACACACGGGUGAAAAACGAGUAACCCCCUGUAUCUACAUAACUUUAAAAUAAACAAUAAUCUGACCACAAAUUGAGGAAUUUACAUUAUUCAUUCCAUCUUUCACUCAAGCACGUGGAGAGUGGUAAGACAACCAGAAAAACAGAAAUGUUGGU